AUGAAUUCGAAAAUUUUAUCUGAUUGGAAUGUUGAGCCAAAAAUGACCUACAGGAAAGUAGUUGGUGUCAAUGGUCCUCUAGUAAUUUUAGACGACAUAGACUACCUAAAAUAUGCGGAAAUAGUUAAUCUUACUCUGGCAGAUGGGACAAACAAACAAGGACAGGUUUUAGAAGUACAAGGAAAAAAGGCAGUUGUUCAGGUAUUUGAAGGAACAGCGGGAAUUGAUGUUAAAAAAACACACGUUACAUUUACAGGACAUACUUUAAAAAUGCCUGUUUCUGAAGAUAUGUUGGGGAGAGUGUUUAAUGGUAGUGGAAUACCAAUUGAUGGUGGAUGCAAUGUAAUAGCCAGUGACUAUCUUGACAUACAAGGACAACCUCUUAAUCCAAUAGUAAGAACAUAUCCUGAAGAAAUGAUUCAGACAGGUAUAUCGUCUAUAGAUGUUAUGAAUUCUAUUGCCAGAGGACAAAAGAUUCCAAUUUUUAGUGGAUCGGGGUUACCUCACAACGAAGUGGCAGCUCAGAUAUGUAGACAAGCUGGCCUUGUUAAAAAGAAAGAUGUCAAGGAUAUGAGUGAUGAAAAUUUUGCAAUAAUUUUUGCUGCAAUGGGAGUUAACCAAGAAACAGCAAAAUUUUUUAAAAAUAGUUUUGAUGAAACCGGAAGCUCUGAACGUACAGCUUUAUUUUUAAAUCUUGCGAAUGAUCCUACAAUUGAGCGUAUUAUUACUCCAAGAUUGGCACUGACCGCUGCAGAAUAUCUUGCUUAUGAAAGAGAAAUGCAUGUUUUAGUUAUAUUGACUGAUAUGAGCUCAUAUGCAGAUUCGUUAAGAGAAGUUAGUGCUGCUAGAGAAGAAGUUCCUGGUAGAAGAGGAUAUCCUGGUUAUAUGUAUACUGAUUUGAGUACUAUUUACGAAAGAGCGGGAAGAAUAGAUGGUAAAAAUGGAUCUAUCACACAAAUUCCUAUUUUAACAAUGCCUAAUGAUGAUAUUACUCAUCCAAUACCCGAUUUAACUGGAUUUAUUACUGAAGGACAGAUUUAUAUUGACAGGCAGUUACACAACAGACAAAUUUAUCCACCUAUUAAUGUAUUGCCAUCGUUGUCUAGAUUAAUGAAAAGUGCUAUUGGUGAGAAUAUGACACGAAAAGACCAUUCUGAUGUAUCUAAUCAACUUUAUGCUAAAUAUGCGAUUGGUAAAGACGCACAAAGCAUGAAAGCAGUAGUCGGUGAAGAGUCUUUAUCUUAUGAAGACAAGUUAUCUAUUGAAUUUAAAGAAUCUUUUGAUAAAGAAUUUGUAUCGCAAGGUUAUGAUGAAUGUAGAACAAUUGAUCAGUCUCUUGAUCUUGCCUGGAAUUUACUUAAAAUUUAUCCACGCGAAAUGUUAAAUAGAAUUCCUGCUAAAAUUUUAGAUGAGUUUCAUUCAGUGCCACCUUCUGAUGUUCAACUAAAUGAUGAUUAA